AUGGCCGGGGGGAGGGCCGCCCUAAGGUCCCCUCAUCUCCACGCAGACGACGAUGAAGAGGACGACCCCAGCACAAGCGGCCGCUGCCCUGACCCCGCCGACGAGGAAAAGGGCGGUGGCGGCGGAGGAACCAGGCGGCGUGGUGGCGGUGAGUUCCUGUGGCGGCUCCUAGAUCCCCACGCCACCAGCGCCAGGGAGUGGAACCGCGUCUUCCUCCUCGUCUGUGCGGCAGCGCUGUUCGUUGAUCCGCUCUUCUUCUACGCCCUCUCCAUCAGCGGAACCUGCAUGUGCCUCUUCAUCGACGGCUGGUUCGCCGUCUCCGUCACCGCCCUCCGCUGCAUGACAGACAUGCUCUACGUGUGGAACAUGUGGCUGCAACUCAAGAUGGCCUACUACGCUCGCCGGGUGCACGCCAAGGCGGAAGACGAGCAUAUCGCCGCCGCCGGCUGGCGGGCGGCGCUCCGCCGUCUGAAAUCCGUCUGCUCCGCCCUCUUCGAUCUCUUCGUCAUCCUCCCGGCUCCUCAGGUGAGCUCCCUUCGUGCCCCUUCCUUUCAGUCUCUGAAACUAGGGCAGAAGAUAUCCCCGCUGUUGAAGAACGAUGAUGGGCCAGCCCAUCGGCUCUCUCUGACGUUCGGGGCGGGUGGUGGCGGUGUUGCAGGUGGUGCUGUGGGCGGUGGCGCCGGCGCUGCUCCGGCGGGGAUGGAGCACCUCGGUGAUGACGGUGUUCCUGGUGACGUUCCUCGCGCAGUAUGUCCCCAAGGUGUACCACUCCUUCCGCCUUCUCCGCCGCAUGCAGAACAUCUCCGGCUAUAUCUUCGGCACCAUCGGCUGGGGCGUCGCCCUCAACCUCAUCUGCUACUUCGUCGUUGCCCAUGUCUGCCCCCAAAUCUGAUCUGCCCAUCACGCAUCCCUUCAGGAGCAAAUAUUUUUCGUCAAAGUUUCUCAUAUUUCAUCCUCUCGAUCACUUCUCUCGUUUACUCGCAGGCCGCCGGAGCUUGCUGGUACCUGCUGGCGAUCCAGAGGGCGACGAGGUGCCUCGGCGAGCAAUGCCGGGCGGCGGCUGGCUGCGGAAGCAGCUUCCUGGCCUGCGAGGAGCCGAUGUUCUACGGAACCUCCUCUCUGGUUUUCGACGCAGGGAGAGCUGCGUGGGGAGGGAACUCCACGGCAAGGGCCAUGUGCUUGGACAGCAGCGACAAUUACGGCUAUGGCGCCUACGAGUGGGCGGUCCCUCUGGUGACGAACAGCAGCCGAGUGGAAAAGAUCCUCCUCCCCAUCUUCUGGGCCAUCAUGUCGCUGAGGUGACUGAACUCCCCCGUCCGCCGGCAAUCGGCCACUCCAUCUCGCAGAUGCAGGUUUACUAAUGGGAGGUUCUUGCAUUUCAGCUCCUUUGGGCAGCUCAGCAUCUCGACGGAUUGGCUGGAGAUCGUCUUCAACAUCGUAAUCAUGUGCAGUGGCUUGGUCCUGGUCACCAUGCUGAUCGGGAACAUCAAGGUGAGGGCCUCCCCCUGCCUCCAGAGCCAAGCAUUCUCCUCUUGCUGAAUAAGAUCUUCGUAUAACACCAACUCUUCAAAAAAUAAUGGACAUGUGAAGCCAGCCGUUCAUGCAUCUCUCACCUCUCUCUCUCUCUCUCUCUUAAUCGGCGGGUAUAGAUUGUCAGGAGUGGUUGAAUGAGGUCCGCCAACUUGUGGUGGUACUAGAUUAGGACUAUCUCCGACUAGGAAAACUUAUUGCAAUAAUGCUCAUCUUUUUGCCUUAUAAAAACCAAGGAAAUUACUGGUUGUACUGGCAUUUGAUGAACAGAUUAUUUCUGCACCGCAGGUUUUCCUGAGCUCUACGAACUCGAAGAAGCAGAUGAUGAAUCUGAAGAUGGGAAACGUGGAGUGGUGGAUGAAGCGCCGGAACUUGCCCCAGGGCUUCCGGCGGCGGGUCCGGCAGUACGAGCGGCAGCGGUGGGCGGCGAUGCGGGGCGUCGACGAGUCAGACAUCAUCAGCAACCUCCCCGAAGGCCUCCGCCGCGACAUCAAGCACCACCUCUGCCUCGACCUCGUCCGCCAGGUAUCAUCAAUACAUCAGAUCUCGUAACCAGAGACAUCUCUCUUCUUCCCCCCCCCAAACUCCAGGUGCCCUAAUCGAUACUCUUGAGAUAAUCUGAUUCAAGAAUCAUAAUCAUAUCGUACAGCCACCAUAAACCUCCUCUGUCGUGCGAUGAAUGAAUGAAAAGAGAAGCCGAGGCUUGGAUUGGCCAGUUAAGGAUUCAGGAGGGCCGCGUAGUAUCCCUGAUGGUUUUAAACUUGUGUCCCAGGUGCCGCUGUUUCAGCACAUGGAUUCAGUAGUGCUGGAGAACAUCUGCGAUCGGGUGAAGUCGCUCGUCCUCCCCAAGGGAGAGACGGUAGGUUCCUCUCUCUCUCUCUCUCUCUCUCUCUCUCUCUUACUUAUCACACACACCCCCACCCUUCUAUUCCCUCUCUCUGUUCACCUAACCUAGCUUCUCUCUCACCCUUCUGGUCCCUCCCUUUGUUUAUCUAUCCUAGCCGUCUAUACAUUCGUCUCUGUCGCGUCGUUAUGAUCCUUUCAAGUUAGUGGAUCGCCAUCAUAAUGAAGACAAGUGCAUGCAGAUCACCAAAGAAGGAGACCCGGUGAAGAGGAUGUUGUUCGUGGUGAGGGGACACCUGCAGAGCAGCCAGGUGCUUCGCGACGGUGUGAAGAGCAGCUGCAUGCUAGGGCCAGGCAACUUCACGGGGGACGAGCUCCUCUCAUGGUGCCUCCGCCGACCAUUCGUGGAGCGCCUGCCGCCGUCCUCCUCUACGCUGGUAACCCUAGAGACUACAGAGGCCUUCGGCCUGGAGGCCGGUGACGUCAAGUACGUGACGCAACACUUCCGGUACACCUUCGUAAACGACAAGGUGCGGCGGAGCGCCCGCUACUACUCCCCCGGAUGGCGAACCUGGGCGGCGGUGGCGAUCCAGCUGACCUGGCGACGCCACCGCCACCGCCUCACGCUGUCCUCCCUCUCCUUCAUCCGCCCCCGCCGGCCGCUCUCGCGGAGCUCCUCCAUGGGGGAGGACAAGCUCAGGCUCUACACCGCCAUGCUCACCUCCCCGAAGCCCAACCUUGACGACUUCAUCGCUUGA